ACUAAGAAAUCCCAUUUCAAAUACCAAAGAUUUAAUUGAUUCAAAGUGUUUCUCGAAGAAACAGAAGAUAAAAUUCGUUUUUGUGCAAUUGUGACCUGGACUAGAACUCUGUUAUCAGCUUUUGAUGAAUGUGAUAUAUUUUUGAAUAAGUGAUCGAUAAUAUUAGCUGCAAUUCGAUUCUCAGGGAUAAAAAAAUCUGUGAUUUUCAAACUAAUCAAUAAGUUAAAGGAGUAUAUAUCAAAUAUAUUAUGCAAAUUAUUUCUUGACAAGAAAGAAUUGGGACAAAUCGAUAGAAAUGAACGCUAGAAGUCAGACCUUCGAACUAUCCUUGAUAGGUAAUCAAACGUACGAUGCCGUAUCUAGCAUAUUUCACACUAUUUUGCUGCACCGUACUCUCGGCAAAUUCAAUAACUACGAGGGUACCAAUAAAUAUAAGAUGGGUAGCAUAGGUUACAUGGAUGUUACUUGCGAUUUUAUCGACCUCCAUUACGUUUGUUGCUCUUCCUCCGCCUUAUGUAGUCUGGUGAAUGGGGAAAUCCUAAAAUUCUCCAACGCUAUUCACGAGAGCGAGAAUCACGGCUACAAUACCGGCCAGAUCAGCCUGGAGUUCUUCGAAAGGCGACCCCAAAAAUGGCCGUUGUAUUCAGACUGUGUUCCAUGGGAAAUUUGGACAGUACGAUUGGAUUUAGUGUCGGUGACUCUAAACAAUUUGAGUGACUAUCCUCGAAAACUUGGACAAGUGAUAGGUGAUAAAAUAAUCCACAUAACCGAUAUAAUGAACAGGCACGAGAAUUACAUACCCGUGGUCUCCAAUCAUACCGAUUUGGAAUACGUUUUCAAUACUAGCCUACCUGACGUACAGCCAUAUCUCUUCAAACUGGAUUAUUCCAUCAAUGGACCGUCCUCUGCAGUUAGUAUGGGUUCGACUGUACGAAAACUUCUUAGAGAAACCUUUUCGUUUUAGUAUUGUUGCUAACGAACUUACAGUUUCGAUCGGGUUUUCACAUCACACAGAUACUUCAUAAUUAUAGUGAAUUUUCACCGUAUCUUACUGCUUCUUUCAUUAAAACUGACCUGACAUGGAACUGAAUAUUGAUUUGCAUGUACCCAUUCAGUAUAGAAGUUGUUUGACAAUUCAGAGAAGGAAUCGAUAAUUCCUUUCGCCAGAAUAGUACUGCCUACUAUCAAUUAUUUUCAAACUGAAGGGCCAGAUAUUCAAUCGAAUAAUUCUAAAUUCACGAAAAAUUAUGGAACUUUAUUUUAUUGGCACUCAAAAUGCACUUUCAUUUUGUAACCUCUCCAAUUACUUUAUUUAUUACGACUUUAAUCACCUGCUGUAAUAUUCUAUAUGAAGACCUACACUUGAUUCGAAUUUGUCACAGCAAGAUAGCAAAUUUGGACACAAACAUAUGACAAAAAUAAUUUUUGUAUAAGGGGAUGAUAGUAUUGUAAUCUAAAUGGUAGUAAUCAAUUUGUUGUAAUCUGCUUGGUAUGAAUCAAUUUGUUUUAGUACUAACGAAAUAUCUAAUUUUGUUGAUUCAUUCAUGUAAAGAUGAAAAUGGGUUUAUUUGAUGAAUUUCGGGACUGUGUGAUUUUUUAAAUUUCUUUUUAUUAUCUGAUUUUGUUUUGUAUGAAAUCUGAUUGUUGAAUCUUUUAAAUAUAUUUUGCGUAUUAUUUUUUUUCUAGAAUUGGUUAUUUUUUCAUUGUUAUGUAACUAGUUAUUUUCUAAGAUGUGUAAAAUAUCUGGUAUAUUCAUUUAUGUUCAAUCGUAGGUUAAAGGUAAAAUAUUGUGUUUUGGGUUUUCUAAUAUUCUAUGAAGAGAGGGUCUUCUCUUUAUCACAUUAUAUAUUGUUUUGUGAUUUCUUGUUUUGAUCAAAGGAAAAUAUCAUGGUGGCCUUCUACAUAUGAGAAAUUGGAGACAAUUGUAAUCUGAUGAGCUUGUCUCUUUUGAACUAAAAAAAGUCAGUUAUUUUAGACAUCUUAUUCUAACAUUUGAACAAAUAUUCCUAAGUAUUUACAGUGCAAAAAUUAAUCUACUUCAAAAAAAUAGUUGUAUAUGAAAAUAUGAAAUUUAUUCCUUAGUAUCUAUAUAACUUUGGUACAUGACAAUGUCUAUUUAUAAUAAUUUUAAUGACUUUUCCAAUUUGUUUUUGUGGAAGAAUAUAGAUUUAAUUUUCAUUCAACUUUUGAAAUUCAAUUCAAACUUCCAUAAAAAUUAGUCAAUCAUAUAUUAGUUUCCUCAGUUCUGUCGUCGUUUUAUGAAAGCUUUACAAACUAGUCAUAAGUUUUCUUAUAGAUGAAGCUGAAAAGAUUUCACUUUCAUUUUCACAAAGUUGUGAUAGAGUUAAAAGUGAUGAGCUUAAUAUAUUAUUAGACUCCAGUAGCUACUGGACUUCUUAAUUUUCUAUUAGUAAUCUUGUCAUUUCAAAUGUUCCUGCGCUUUAUCUUUUAUUUUUCUGACAAAAAUAGAAUCUUUCCUUUUUAUUGUGCAUAUAUUUAUACACAUGAAAAUUGAUUAUAGUACAAAGUUCUGUUCUUAGUAGCGUUUGGUGAUAUAGAUGAGAUUUGGUUUUAUUGAAUGUAGGUGUGUAUUGUUGAAACAGGCUUUGUACGAUGUAAAUGAAAUGAAAUUUAUUUAUGGUAUAAUAUUUGUGUUAGUUUUUGUGAAUGUUGGUGCACUAGAUUUUUUGGAAUGUAGUAUUUAUUUAUAGUCAAAUAUAUUUCAACUACUCCGGUUUUCAAGUAUGGUGAUUGGUUGUGAUGACUCCAUUCAAUAUUAAUUCAGCAUGCGUUGAAGUAUACUUUCAGUUUCUCUCAAAACCGAAUAUAUUUCAAUGAAAGACAAAUAAAUCCUUAUACUAGAUAUAGAAGAAACAUUUUCUAUUAUUUCUGUUCAUUAAAUGCAUAAAGAGUCAUUCUAAAAUUUUGAUUGUGAUACAUUUCGAGCACCAGGAAGUAUGUAACAAUAAUGUAUGAAUAACGCACGUUGAAUCAUAGAUCCUUAAGAUAUGUACAUAUUCAAUCGGAUAACAACAAAAACAUGUAAAUACUUGUGAAUAGUUCUAGUUUAUUAUUAAAUGUGAUGUCAAUACUAAUGAGAGAAAAAUAAAUUUAUCUAUCUA